AUGGGUUGUUCCCCAUCAAGGGGAAAUAAAUUCAGUGGAGUGCAGGGACCGUUCAGUAAAGGGAAAACUUUGCUGCCAGGGACCAACAGAACCUCAGAGGAUGGACAAUCUGAUGAUGGAGGAAAUGUAAGCUCUGGCGGUGGUGAAACAGAUGGAGAAGCUUGUGAAAGGAGGACAAUAGGAGAAAAGAGAAUGGGCAGCGAUACAAUUUCUGUUCCUUCAGUCAAGAAACACUCUGCAGGUGAACAUGAGAUGGCAGAGAUUACCUCAGAAAGACUGGACACGCAAGAGAUUUCAAUACAUUUAUCAUCCGAAAGAAAAGAGAAAUGCACAAAAAAGGAAGAUGAAAAGAAAUAUGAGAAAAGGGGUGCAAGGAAGAAAAGGGAUCAGAAAAAUGUAAAACCAAGCAAAAAGAAAGAUAAGAGGGGAACGUUUGCAGCUGAAAAGAAGGUGGACUUUCCAGAGCAACUUGUGAAAGCCCACCAAGCAGCAUAUGGAUAUCUUAAUCCCAGUAUUGACAAAUAUGAAUUGCUUUUGGGCUUAUUAGAUCAUGCUACACAAACUCACAUUUCUUUGCAACCCAUGGCUGCGUUUAUGGCUCUGCAGUAUGAAGAGUUCAACCAAGGCCUAGAAAAAAUUGUUGAAGAAGGGGAAAAGCUUUUAAAAGACCACGGGGGAUAUUUGGCUUGGCCAUGCGAUAUGAAAAAUCGUUCUUCUUCUGGCAAAUCCAGUACCACUGAACCCCCACCCGAUUUACUUCAACAGCUUCUCCAGUUUACUGUCCAGAGGAUGUGUCUUGUGGGAAAAUCUGUCAAAGGGAUUGGGGACACAGCCCUUGAGGAGGCAGUGGAUUAUUUUUCAUCUAUAUCUGAAGUCCUAGAGGAAAAACUUAAUGGUAAGCGUGCAGUUGAGGCUAGGCUAAUGCAGCUGCUAUCUAGAAUUGAAGUUGCCACCUUACGAAGAACUGGACCAGAGGAUUCAACAUUGUUUAGUGAAGACAGUGGCAUUGGUGUGGAAAGCGGGUCACUGGGUGGAUCAGACAGACACCGCAGAGAAAGCAGCGAAUCAACUGAAUCUAGUCACACAGUUAUUUACAGUCCUGUAAACUCUACCCCUGUCCACCAAGGCUCCUCCAAAUGUCGGCUUAAUCAAAAAAUCAGCCACAGCAGCUCUGUAACCUCUAUCGACUCCACUUGUACUUUUACAGGUAUGGUGUUUGGAGACACAGAAUCCUUGCUUGAUUCUGCCUCCUUAGAUGAUGGUGACGGAGAAGAAGAGGACAACAGUGAGGGCAAUGAGAAAGAACAUUUUGGGGGUAAAGUGAGGACACGUUCAAGCUUUUCUCAACCUGAGCCUAACCAUCAUACACCAUGCAUGCCUAUAAAGCGUAUAGAAAACCCACAAAAUGUAGAGAUGACAUUAAAAAUGAAGGAUGCCAUUAGUGAACGGAUUCAUUUUGUUGCUUCUCAGCACUCAGGAGAAAAGAUAAAAACUAGAAUCUCAAAAACCAAUGACCAACAGUGGAUGGAAGAGGGUGAAAAAAGUCCUAAAAGACCACAGUCAGCUACUCAUCAAACAACUAAAAGAAAAACAAGUUGUUCUGUUACAAAACAGCAUCGUUCAAGAUCAGCAGAGUCUCUUCGUAGUAAAGCAGAUGACCCCACACUUCUUGAACUGGAAAGAACACAAAAAGAGUUGAGUAAAAGGCUGGAAAAAAUGGGAAAGGUCAAAACUGAACAAAAUGUAAAAAAAGACAUUUCAAAGCCAAAAAAUAAAGCACAGUUUAGUCAGCUCCAUCAUUUACAUUUAACUUCUUCAAACUGUCAUCAAAAGGCACUAAGUCAAAAGAUAGUUGCAGGAACUCAGGAGAAUGGAAAGGACAAAAAGAAAAUCUUUAAAACUGCCAAAGGACCUAUGAAGGCAACAUCUCUUUCAAGUCCUCCACCAUCACCCCAACAACUCUUAGCAAUGUGUCCCAGAGGAAAUUCUGUAAAGAAACUGAUUGACACCUUCAGUCAGGGAAUGGAGGAAAGUAAACAGUUUCAUGAAAGUUCAAAAGGGCUUGGACCUCUUAAAGGGGUUAGGAAGUAUGGAGUUCCUGUCAUCCCAGGUCUGGGAAGUGAAGAUUCAUUUUCAACGAUUAAAAAUGACAACAACAACAAUAAAAAUGAAUCGACAACCUUGGAGAAUCAAGAUAAUAUUGACUUGGACAACCUACCACCACCUCCUCUGGAGGUCCUCAUGGAUAAUUCUUUUGAACAUGUAGAAAUGAGCAAAACAGAUGAAAAAAUGAACAGGGGAGGACAGUCUACCCUGCCAAAGACAACCAGCAUGUCUCAAAAACUCCGCACAUCCCUGCAAACUGUUACAGUACUACCUAGCAAGGGAAGUGUGAGAAAGAGUUCUAACAGCAUAUCGCCUGCACAAAAUAUUGCCCUGCACCCCAGUGGGGUGCCUAAGAAUAGCCAAGUUGCUUCAACAACUAGUGCAGAGCUGAGGAAUGAAGAGGCUGCCUCACUUUACAAACAAGCUCGGAAAAUUAUCCACUUGCGGUAUUCAUCUAAUUCUCCCACAGAGAAACCUUCUGCUGACUAUGGCAACAUUCACCAGCUCACUCAAAGCAGUAUUGAAAGAAAUCAGGAUGAGAUCCCUGAAACAGUGCCUUUCAGUGCAACUGCUGAAAAUCAAUCACCUGAUACUCCAGCUGUAUCCAGAACCCGUAUGUUACCUUCUACACCUGUUGCUAACCGGAAGUUACCCUGUCCUCCUGUUUCUAAAAAACAAUCAAUUUCGUCCAGUUCAUCCAGUCCGAUAAUAUUUCGAAAACUUCCUACACCACCUCCUGACAGCCAACGGACAUUACCGAGUACCCCUACUACUCAAUAUUCCAUGCCAAGCUGCAUUUCUGGAUUUGCCUUCCCUCUAAAGGCACCAUCUCCCCCUGCCUCACCGAAAGUGCAGCGACGUUUUCGAGAGAAUAAUAUCGAGGCUUCAAGAGUAUUUAGCAAUGCUCGCUCAGUUUUUUGUCCAGCCUCACCAUCUAUGUUUGAGUCGAAACCAUUUCCAGUACCUAAACCCCCACAAGCAUGGACCUCCUCUGGAAGUAGCAUACUACCUCGCCCCUGGACUGAGCGUGGUAGGAUCCCUAUGUCUGUCCGCGGGCCACAGCCUUUCAUUCGGCGUAGUCAGUCGGACCGAAGACCAAGCCUCAUCCAUCCACCUAGAGCUCCAGUAGUAUCUAUUGCACAGUCGUGUGGAAGUGAACCAGCUAUCAGUACCCAAGGGUUGGAAGAUUCUCCAAUCAGAGAUACCUGGAACAAGCAGCCGGAGCUCAGAGAAGCAAAUCGCUCUUCCUCACACCCAGACCUGUGCAUUGUGGGCCAGGCCUUACAAUGUGAAUGA